CAAAAGCUUUAAACUUUGCUUGUUCUGUCUGUAUAUUUACUAUCUGUUCUAAGCAUCUUUCUAGGUCCACUUGUGGAAAUCGAACUGUAGUUUUCACUUUUCAGGUUGUAUCUUGUAGCAGUUGUUUAGUUGUAUCAAAGAUUGAGCUGUUUGAAAGCGUGGAGAAUUUUUUUUUAUUGUUUCAGUAAAUCCGAUCCUCAUUGUUCAUACUAGUUUUUAAUUAAAAGUUCAGAAGCACAAUCAAAAUUUUCAAAGCUUGACAAACCUUCCACUGGAGUCUGGAGUGAAACAUGGCUCGCGGUCAGCAGAAAAUUCAAUCACAAGCAAAGGCUGCCGAAAAAGCUGCAAAGGCCAAAAAACAGCAGGGACAUAGUGCACAGGAUCAGAAGAAGGCUGCAGCAAAAGCUUUAAACUUUGCUUGUUCUGUCUGUAAAGCACAAAUGCCUGAUCCGAAGACGUACAAGCAGCACUUUGAAAACAAACACCCCAAGAACGAGCUGCCCGAAGACCUGAAGGCUGCGUUGUCAUGACCUUGCUCCAGGGGAAGCUUUAUUUCUUCUUCCGACAUUUCCUUCUAUGUAAAUUCUCCGAUUAUUUCCUCGUGAUGACACUCCAUUGAACUGUAAGUGAAAAUAUCGUUUCCGCAAGUGUUGUGAAAGUUAUUUACUUUUUGUGGUGAAAAUAUUUCAGGAAAGAUUUUUUUAUUAGUGAAAUACCAGAUGACUUGAUGACGAAAAAAUAAUUUCCUAUUCCUUUAUAUAGAUGAAAAUGUAUGUUUUAACAUGUUUAAUUUCAAAAUUCUUUGAUUGACGCAACAAAAUUUAUGCUGUGAAAUUAAAUCUUUUCUUGAUUUUGUACCACCAACACAAAUUACGUAACUCUCUCUCUCUGCCAUGUUAGUUGACUGGAUCUUCGUGCUUCAAUAAGAUGGCAUUUAUAUUUAUUUAAUUUUAAGGUAUACAUUAGUAACUUUUGAAGAGCUGUAAUUAUUACUAAAUAUGUUUGUAACGUUUUUUUAGCUCUUAAUUUCAAUAAAGUUGUAUUAGAAAUUUAAUUCGAUUACGUAAA